UUCUCCUUCCUUCUUUCUACUUCUCUCUCAACUCUCCCUUCCUCACACUCAUCUCAUCCCUUCUGUGUAUGGGGUCUUGUAAGGAGAAGUCUGCUUAUCAAUUAAUAAGCUCGCUUUGAGAGGAGAUUUGUUGUGCGUCAUUGACACCAGCUGACCAAUCAGACUGCUGUCAGUAAAUCUCUCAGUCAGCCAAUGGGAGCAUGGGGUUGAUGGAGGGGGGGGCAUGCAGUUUUUGGAUAGGCACUAUGACAAGCAGUUGACAUCUGUUGAGGGAGUGAUGGUGAGUAUUAGUUGGAUAGUGAUGGAUGAGUUAAUAAACAGGGAACCACUAACUGCCUCUCCACUGCUCUCUCUCUCUCUCUCUCUCUGUCUACAUUCAUGCUGUUGGUACGCAGGGGAAAAUAGCACUCACCCACCACUGCAUCAGCCGUUUGACCUGAUGAAUCACUUUUAUUCGUUCCAGUAAAAUAUGUGAAUUGAGUUUUGUUGUGCUGGCUCCAGCCUCUCUGAGCUGCAUUUCACCCCGGUCGAUACACACCUUCGCACUUGUCUACAAUUUCCUGUGAUUUUCGAAGAGACAAGAAAGCCGUUAAGGUAAACAAUAACAAGUGUUGAGCAACAAACAAGCAUUGAAAUACAUUAUACGCUUUGAAAUGUCAUCCGGUGCCCGGGCAGCUGCGUGUUUAAAAAAGACCGCUCAGCUUUGGUCUUAGGGCUUAGAUUUCAAAUUGUUGCUCUGGAAGCGGUGAACGAUCAGAUAUGGCCGUGCCCCUGACCUAACUAAGCCCUGAAAAAGAAGCAGUCAAAUGAAAUCAUUUCAGAAGCCAUUUCCUGUGUAAUGAAUCUGCUUUAACAGGAAUGCAGUCCUUUGGCACAGUCUCUGCCGUAACUCAGCAGCAGAUUUCCCCACAGCUUGGAGCUGUGCCAUAGACUGUCCGCCGAGAUAUGAGAUAAGAGUAGUAAAGACGAGCCAAACUUAACAAUUGUUUUUAAAGAUGAGAGAAUCAACUUGUUAGUGUGUUAGUUUGUUAUCAACACUUUUGUAGACGGGCGAGCCACCCGCUGUUGAGAAAACAAACGGAUUUGUCCAGAGAUGUUAGCGAUAAUUAAACUUUAGAUCUGAUUUUAAUUUAAGUUUGUCUGUUUUAUUCUGUGUGUGUGUGUGUGCAUGUGUGUGAGCGAAAUGUUUUUACACCAUUGCAAGUUAAAUUUCACGUUCAAACCAACACGCUUUAACUACAUGUCAUUUCGUCGCCUUUAACUGUGUGUGUGUGUGUGUCUGUGUGUUUCUUCUGUCCACUGCACAUCACAGGAAUGGGAAACCAUAUUGUUUCUGACCGUAACAACAAGAAGAUGCCACUGGGUGACGAUUGCCAUGCCUGGAAAAAGAAGACUGCAGAUGUGAAGGAUCAGUAUGACUUCAAAGAGGUCCUGGGAACGGGAGCUUUCUCUGAGGUGGUCCUGGCUGAGGAGAAGAAGACCCAGAAGUUGGUGGCUAUCAAGUGUAUCCCCAAGAAGGCGUUAGAGGGCAAAGAAAAUAGCAUUGAGAAUGAGAUAGCAGUCCUGCACAAGAUUAAACACGCCAACAUUGUUUCUCUGGAAGAGAUCUUUGAAAGUAAAUCACACCUCUACCUUGUCAUGCAACUGGUCUCCGGAGGGGAACUCUUUGACCGUAUCAUAGAGAAGGGCUUCUACACAGAGAAGGAUGCCAGUAAACUCAUUCAGCAGAUUCUGGAUGCCGUCAAAUACCUCCACGACAUGGGCAUUGUGCACCGUGACCUCAAGCCAGAGAAUCUGCUGUACUACAGCAUGGAUGAAGACUCCAAGAUCAUGAUCAGUGACUUUGGUCUGUCGAAAAUUGAGGGCUCUGGCAGUGUGAUGUCGACGGCGUGUGGAACACCUGGAUAUGUUGCCCCUGAAGUGUUGGCUCAGAAACCCUACAGUAAAGCCGUGGACUGCUGGUCUAUUGGCGUCAUAGCUUACAUUCUGUUGUGUGGUUACCCUCCGUUCUAUGAUGAGAAUGAUGCCAAACUGUUUGAGCAGAUCCUGAAAGCAGAAUACGAGUUUGACUCUCCUUACUGGGAUGAUAUCUCUGAUUCAGCCAAAGACUUUAUAGUCCACCUGAUGGAAAAAGACCCCAACACACGCUACACCUGUGACCAGGCACUGCAGCACCCCUGGAUUGCAGGGGAUACUGCUCUGGAUAAGAACAUUCAUGAGUCUGUCAGUGCUCAGAUCAAGAAGAAUUUUGCUAAGAGCAAGUGGAAGCAAGCAUUCAAUGCCACAGCUGUGGUUCGUCACAUGAGACGUCUUCAGCUGGGCACAAGUCAUGAGGGACCCAAUCCAACUCACCUUCUAAUGCCAGAGGAAGAUGCAGAAUCUUGUUGUGAGGGAGGAUGCUCCCAGGACGUCGACGGCCGAGCUGACGCUCUAUCCAACUGCACGUACCACUGCCAUCCGACCAGCAGGGUGUGAUACAUGCGCCUGCUCCACUUAAACUGUCUGUUCAAUCCCAGCGACUUUCCAAUUUUAAUCCCUUUGGUGGAACCAGAGGCACCAUAUCCCCCCUCAUCUGGUUAGGAAUACAGUGUCAUUCCAACCUCGCACCUGCAGGGGGCACAAGCCUGGUCAGCCUGUGAAGGAAGACAUACAGUGGGAUGAGAGGAGGAGGAAGAGGAUGGAGACUUGAUAAUGAUGAUUGCGAUGCACCAGAGAAGACAACUUUUACAGAAUGGGCUAGUAGUUUGGGAUGAGUUGAAAAGGGGAGAGAAUACGAAGGAAGGAGGGGAAGAUGACCUCCUCCAACAGUUUGUCGGGGGGAUCGUUUUUGCCGAAGCAGGACAGAGAUUGUUGGACACUGUUUUUACUCAUGAUUCAACCUGUCUCUUUUGUUUGGUUGUUUGUUUUGUUUUAUAUUUUUUUGUGUUGUCUUUUUUUAACAGUCUACUCUUUGCAGCAUAAAUCCAGGAACAACAUCUGCAUGAUGAAGAGAGGGUUUUAUCCAUAACUGUUUUGUUAUGUUAGAAUUAUACCCUGUUGCAGAAAUGCAGUAAGAUGCAAAUCAUGGAGUAUUUAAAAAGAAAUUGAGUCAUCUGCAUUCUGUCUUUAAGGUAAGCUUUUAGACAAUCAGUAACAGAGUAGUUUAUGCAACAAAAACUCCAUCUAUGUAGCCUUUCUUUAGACUUGUCUUUAUAGUGUUUCCAUGUAGUGGUUAGGCUUUUUGAGAGGAAAAAAGGUUUUUCCCCGUUUUUUUGUUUAACUCCAAACCCCUUUAACCACUCCAGCACAGGGAUAUAUUUUUUUGUCUAAGGUGCCUUUAGGAUAUACAGUAUGAUGGGUUUAUUUUCAGGUAGCUUCUGAAAUGUUUCGGCUCUUUCGACUCUUGCUGUAAAUUUCUCUUUUGUAUGUAUCACAUUUUCGGCUUUAAAAUGCAGUUUUAUGCUUUUUGUGUCAAAGUUAAGUACUGUAAUCUCAGAAGGGGAUGCUUGCAAACAUGCUAUACAUUGCCAUCGGGGUCAAAUAUUAUUCACCGAAUCUACUCUAAGUACACCCAUAUUACAAUAUGACAUGAGUAAACCAACAAUAAUGUUUUUAAAACCUUUCUGGAGGGCUUCACCAAGCCUCAUUCAUUAAACAAAAUCCUUUAAAUAAAUGUUUUUCAGAAGCCAGCUCCCACAGUGACAUGUUUUUCAAUACAAAUCCUACAGUACAUUUUGUGCAAAAAAUGUGUAAUUGAAAAAGCAUUGAUUGGUGUGCUUAGCCAUCCACAAAACUGACCUUGUAGGGUUAAAUUAAAAAAGGGUUAAAAAAAAAAAAUUCAAUGAAAACUGCAUACCAAAUUUUGAUAUGCGUUUGUCACUGUGUACUGUAAUCCUAUGGUCAUUACCUCAGUCCUUUUCUUCUUAGAUUCUUUAACAGGCACAUUUCCUCCACAUGCAGCCUGUGCAGAAAGAACUUGGAUUAAAUGAUGUGAAUAUGCA